AAUGGUAAGGGUAACAGUGGGUGGUGUCAGUGAUGGUGAAGGUAACAGUGAGGGUGCUGCUGCUGGGAAAUAAACCACUGGCCCUUUAAGUGUAUCCCCUGAGGCUUCUGGGAGAGGACUUUAAAGCUGUCCAGGGCAGAGGAGGAGGUGGUGAUCAGAGUACAAGCCCACUGGCCCAUAAUGAACGCUGCCUUUGACAAGACAUGGUCCUGGGUGGUCCUCCAGUUGCACAGCAUGAUGAGGAAGGAGAAAUUGAGCCAUUUACAACCAUUUUAGAAUUUUUCCAGUCUUGAGAAUGAAAGGUCAUUGCCUAUCAUAGACCUUCCAAAUUUGGGUGCUCAGAGGACCAGGUAGGUAAUGCUGAAGGAAAUAACUGGCCCCUUAUCCCCAAGGAGGCAGCUACUGCUUCUUUCCUACUAACUGUUGCUAUGGAAACUGUGGCCCAGUAUUGCUAGGUCUUAGGAUUUCCUCCUUCCUUCCUCCCUCCCUCCCUUCCUUCCUUCCUUCCUUCCUUCCUUCCUUCCUUCUGUUCUUCCUUCCUUCUCUUCUUUCUUCCUUCCUUCCUUCCUUCUCUUCUUUCUUCCUUCCUUCCUUCCUUCCUUUCUUUUUCUUUCUUUCUUUCUUUCUUUCUUUCUUUCUUUCUUUCUUUCAGAUUUCACAUAAAAUUAUCACAUUAUUAAUUUUGAGUUUAAAAUUUAAAUGAGAUGCAGAGACAUUUCCUGCCCACCUCACCCCUAAGCAUUGUUAGAGUCAAACAAAAUCCUUAAGCAGAAUUUGCUGGGAAGGCGUUUAGCUGGGACCUGUGCCCUAACACCCAGGUCACCCUAACACCCAUUGAAGAAUGUUUCCUUGCUGCCAGACCUUUGGUAGAAUGUUGCAUUCUUUGUAGGGAAUUUGUAUACACACUUCAAAUGUUUUCACUCCUUAACCCUGUCCUGCACUGCCUCCUGAUCAUUCUGACAGACAGAAGCUCUCCAAAUUUGCAAAGAAUUCUCAGAAAAUCUAUUGCUAUGCUCAGUUGAAGUUUGUUUAUGUUUUGGCUAGUUUUGUUUUGUUUGGUUUGGUUUUUUCCCCAGUGGCAGCAUGGAAAGUACCCUCAUCCUGGGGAUAUAUUUGUUUGUAUUUCCUUUGCUAGCUAUGGUCUGUGGCUAACUAAGAUACUUUGUCAGAUUGUGAACUUUUCUUUGUGUCUCUCUUUCUUCCUUUCUGUCUCUCUUUGUUUGAAUGGAUGCACCUGGCCUUUGCCACAUUUUGGUCUCAGUGGGUUUCUCUUUGGGUGAAUGCACUGGAUUUUUUACCUGGAUCACAAGGUGGGUGGAUAGUGAAGGAUUACUUAGAGACCUAGAGACGUGGACAGUGAACUUGUCCAGCAUCCUUUACCUAGUUUUUCUGAUAUCUGUUUUAGUUUUGACAAAUAGAAGACAUUUUAUUUUAAAGGUAGGUCCUGGGCUGAUGAUAUGGUUCAACAGGGAAGGAUUUGACUAACAUGAAAAGUCCUGAGUUAAGAGUCCAAUCAACACAUGUCAGCCAAACAACAAAGGCAAAAAACAAAGACUAUAAAAGCUUCUAUAGUUUACAUUGCUGAGAUAACUUUUCAUAAUUAUUUGCAUUAUCUUAGUUUGGGUUUUAUUGCUGUGAAAAGACAUCAUGACCAAAAUAACUCUUAUAAAGGACAACAUUUAAUUGGGGCUGGCUUAUAGUUUCAGAGGUUCAGUUGAUUAUCAUGGUAGCAGAAAGCAUGGUAGUGUGCAGACAGGCAUGGUGCUGGAGAAAAAGCUGAGAGUUUUACAACCUGAUCCACAGGGAGCUAGGAGGAGGCUCUCUUUCCACAGUGGGCAAGCUUAAGCAUGGGACCUCAAAGCCCAACCCCACAGUGAUUCACUUCCUCCAACUAGGCCACACCUACUCCAACAAGGCCACAUCUCCUAAAAGUAGUGCUUCCCAUGGGUCAACCAUAUUCAAACUUCCACACUUCCUAAAGAACAAAAAUUUAUAUUUCUGAACAAAAAGACUCUUGAGACAUAGACUGUUUAUUUACUGUGGUGAGAGGUGUACACACAUCUGCUGAUGCAUGUGUAUGGAGGCCACAGGUGAAUACCUUUAGUUACCUUUCAUAUUAUUAUGAUCAUCAUUAUUUUGAGAUAAUAUAUUGAACCUGGCGCUUAUGUGGGUUUGGGUAGGAUGGCUGUCCAGUAAGCCCUAAGACUGGCUAAGUCUCUCCAGGGCUAGGACUACAGGCAUGGGCCACCAUACCUGGCUUGCUAGGUAGUGCUGGAGAUCUGCACACAGGCCCUCAAGAGUGCAUGCAACUAAGUACCAGGUCACCCCGCAGCCCCUCAUUUACUGUUUACUGGUUCUAGUCUGUCCAAGUUGGGAGUAUUUUCAUUCAUCACGAGUAGAGCAUGGAGUACUUGAAGACCCAAUUUCACUUCAGUGUUUGUCUCAAAAUUAUUUCAGUGGGUCCAUUAUUUCUCAUAGACUUACUACAGAAUUUGAUUCCAAAAUAGUGCAUUUGAAACAAGACAAGGUGCUCAUGCCUCGCUUUUGAGGGAGGUGCUUGUUAUUCCUCCUCAGACUCUCUUUCGAGCAAUGGAAGCCAGUUUUCCAUGAGUUGAUGGUGGAGUUUAUGAUGCUGCCAUCUGAAAUUGGGUUGACCAAGUGAGUGUGCUAUUUUAAUACUCUGUUUUGACUCAUCAGCUCACCAAAGCUGGAGGCUAAAAAUAAGGAGCCCUGUCAUCAACAAGCCAAAGCCAUCACAGGGAAUAUUACGAAAUGACAGCGAUUGGUAUUUAGAGGAGCCUCUCUCGGUGCCAUGCUUUCUGCUUUCCAGUGGGAACCCUUCUUCAGGGUCGUCAUGUCAAAACAGGCCAGCUUGCUGCCAUUAAGGUUAUGGACGUCACAGGGGAUGAAGAGGAAGAAAUCAAACAAGAAAUUAACAUGUUGAAGAAAUAUUCUCAUCACAGGAACAUUGCUACAUACUACGGUGCUUUUAUCAAAAAGAACCCUCCGGGCAUGGAUGACCAACUAUGGUUGGUUAUGGAGUUCUGUGGUGCUGGCUCUGUCACUGACCUGAUCAAGAACACGAAAGGCAACACAUUGAAAGAGGAGUGGAUUGCAUACAUCUGCAGGGAGAUCUUACGGGGCCUGAGUCACCUGCACCAGCACAAAGUGAUUCAUCGGGAUAUUAAAGGACAGAAUGUCUUGCUGACUGAAAAUGCAGAAGUUAAGCUAGUGGAUUUUGGCGUGAGUGCCCAGCUUGACCGAACAGUGGGCAGGAGGAACACGUUCAUCGGGACCCCCUACUGGAUGGCACCCGAAGUCAUUGCCUGUGAUGAGAACCCAGAUGCCACGUAUGAUUUCAAGAGUGACUUGUGGUCUUUGGGAAUCACCGCCAUUGAGAUGGCAGAAGGUGCCCCCCCCCUCUGUGAUAUGCAUCCCAUGAGAGCGCUCUUCCUCAUCCCACGGAACCCCGCACCUCGCCUCAAGUCUAAGAAGUGGUCAAAAAAAUUCCAGUCAUUUAUCGAGAGCUGCUUGGUAAAGAAUCACGGCCAGCGGCCAGCCACAGAACAGUUGAUGAAGCACCCAUUCAUACGAGACCAGCCUAAUGAGAGGCAGGUCCGCAUCCAGCUGAAGGACCACAUUGAUCGAACAAAGAAGAAGCGAGGAGAAAAAGAUGAGACUGAGUAUGAAUACAGUGGAAGUGAGGAAGAAGAGGAAGAGAACGACUCUGGGGAACCCAGCUCCAUUCUGAACCUACCAGGAGAGUCAACACUGCGACGGGACUUCCUGAGACUGCAGCUGGCCAACAAGGAGCGCUCAGAGGCCCUGCGGCGCCAACAGCUGGAGCAGCAGCAGAGGGAGAAUGAAGAACAUAAGAGGCAGCUACUGGCUGAGCGCCAGAAGCGCAUCGAGGAGCAGAAGGAGCAGAGGCGGAGGCUGGAGGAGCAACAAAGGCGAGAAAAGGAGCUUCGGAAGCAGCAGGAGCGGGAACAGCGCCGGCACUAUGAGGAGCAGAUGCGCCGGGAGGAGGAGAGGAGGCGCGCAGAACACGAACAGGAGUACAUCAGGCGACAGCUAGAAGAAGAGCAAAGGCAGUUAGAAAUCUUACAGCAGCAGCUACUGCAUGAGCAAGCUCUACUUCUGGAAUAUAAGCGCAAACAACUGGAAGAACAGAGACAAGCAGAAAGACUGCAGCGGCAGCUAAAGCAAGAGCGGGACUAUCUGGUUUCCCUCCAGCACCAGCGGCAGGAGCAGAGGCCCCUGGAGAAGAAGCCAUUGUACCAUUACAAGGAGGGCAUGAGUCCUAGUGAGAAGCCUGCCUGGGCCAAGGAGGUGGAAGAACGCUCAAGACUCAACCGACAGAGUUCACCUGCCAUGCCUCACAAGGUUGCCAACAGGAUCUCAGACCCCAACCUACCCCCAAGAUCAGAGUCCUUCAGCAUUAGUGGGGUUCAGCCUGCUCGGACACCCCCAAUGCUCAGACCUGUUGAUCCCCAGAUCCCGCAGCUGGUAGCCGUCAAAUCCCAGGGACCUGCCUUGACCGCCUCCCAGUCAGUGCAUGAGCAACCCACAAAAGGCCUGUCUGGGUUCCAGGAGGCUCUGAAUGUGACCUCUCACCGGGUCGAGAUGCCACGCCAGAACUCGGAUCCCACCUCGGAAAACCCUCCUCUCCCCACGCGCAUUGAGAAGUUUGACCGAAGCUCUUGGUUACGACAGGAAGAAGACAUUCCACCAAAGGUGCCUCAAAGAACAACUUCUAUAUCCCCAGCACUAGCCAGAAAGAAUUCCCCUGGGAAUGGCAGUGCUUUAGGCCCAAGACUCGGAUCUCAGCCUAUCAGAGCAAGCAACCCUGAUCUCCGCAGGACAGAGCCAGUCCUGGAGAGCUCCUUGCAGCGGACCAGCAGUGGCAGUUCUUCCAGCUCCAGCACUCCCAGCUCCCAGCCCAGCUCUCAAGGAGGCUCUCAGCCUGGGUCACAAGCAGGAUCUAGUGAACGAACCAGAGUUCGGGCCAACAGUAAGUCAGAAGGAUCGCCCGUGCUCCCCCAUGAGCCUUCCAAGGUGAAACCAGAAGAAUCCAGAGACAUCCCACGGCCCAGCCGGCCAGCUAGCUAUAAGAAAGCUAUAGAUGAGGAUCUGACGGCGUUAGCCAAAGAAUUAAGAGAACUCCGGAUUGAAGAAACAAACCGCCCACUGAAGAAAGUGACUGAUUACUCUUCCUCCAGCGAGGAGUCAGAGAGCAGUGAGGAAGAAGAGGAGGAUGGAGAGAGUGAGACGCACGAUGGGACAGUGGCUGUCAGUGACAUACCCAGACUAAUACCCACGGGUGCUCCAGGGAAGAAUGAGCAGUACAACAUGGGGAUGGUCGGCACACAUGGGCUGGAGACUUCGCAUGCAGAUACCUUUGGCGGCAGCAUUUCAAGAGAAGGAACCUUGAUGAUCAGAGAGACGGCUGAAGAGAAGAAGCGAUCUGGCCACAGUGACAGUAAUGGCUUCGCAGGUCACAUCAAUCUCCCAGACCUUGUGCAGCAGAGCCAUUCGCCAGCUGGGACUCCCACUGAGGGCCUGGGCCGUGUCUCCACUCAUUCCCAGGAGAUGGACACUGGAGCUGAAUAUGGUAUGGGGAGCAGCACCAAAGCCUCCUUCACCCCCUUCGUGGACCCUAGAGUGUACCAGACAUCGCCCACUGAUGAAGAUGAAGAGGAUGAUGAGUCUUCGGCUGCUGCCCUGUUUACUAGCGAACUUCUUAGGCAAGAACAGGCCAAACUCAAUGAAGCGAGGAAGAUUUCAGUGGUAAAUGUGAACCCAACGAACAUUCGCCCUCACAGUGACACACCGGAAAUCAGAAAAUACAAGAAACGAUUCAAUUCCGAAAUACUCUGUGCAGCUCUGUGGGGUGUGAACCUUCUGGUGGGGACUGAAAAUGGCCUGAUGCUUUUGGACAGAAGCGGCCAAGGCAAAGUCUACAACCUCAUCAACCGGAGGCGAUUUCAGCAGAUGGACGUGCUAGAAGGACUAAACGUUCUUGUCACGAUAUCAGGAAAGAAGAAUAAGCUCCGGGUGUACUAUCUCUCGUGGUUAAGAAACAGAAUCCUGCACAAUGACCCAGAAGUAGAAAAGAAGCAGGGUUGGAUCACCGUCGGAGACUUGGAAGGCUGUAUCCAUUACAAAGUUGUUAAAUAUGAAAGGAUCAAGUUCUUGGUGAUUGCCUUAAAGAAUGCAGUAGAGAUAUACGCAUGGGCGCCUAAACCUUAUCAUAAGUUCAUGGCAUUUAAGUCUUUUGCAGAUCUUCAGCAUAAGCCUCUGCUCGUUGACCUCACAGUAGAAGAAGGUCAAAGGUUAAAGGUCAUUUUUGGCUCACACACUGGUUUCCAUGUAAUUGAUGUUGACUCUGGAAACUCCUACGAUAUCUAUAUACCAUCCCAUAUUCAGGGUAAUAUCACUCCUCACGCUAUCGUCAUCUUGCCUAAAACAGACGGAAUGGAGAUGCUUGUCUGCUAUGAGGAUGAGGGGGUGUAUGUGAACACCUAUGGCCGGAUCACUAAGGAUGUGGUGCUCCAAUGGGGAGAAAUGCCCACAUCUGUGGCCUACAUUCAUUCCAAUCAGAUAAUGGGCUGGGGCGAGAAAGCUAUUGAGAUCCGGUCAGUGGAAACAGGACAUUUGGAUGGAGUGUUUAUGCAUAAACGAGCUCAAAGGUUAAAGUUUCUAUGUGAAAGAAAUGAUAAGGUAAAUCCGUUUCAACUUUGCUUUAGUGUUUGCAUUUUAAGAGACCACCAGGUACCUGUGAAACCUUCAUUUUCCUUUAUACUGACUUGAGUCACAUCUGUGUUCAAGGAUCAAUGACAAUCUUGAAAUGGCAUUACUUGGUUUGAUUCAUGUGAACAUUCAGAAUCUAUGACUCAUGCAUCCAAACCAACAUAAAACAUCUAAAAUUUUCUUGUAAACUCUUGGUACCUUUUGUGGCCCAAGGGCCUUCUGGUGACUUAACAAACAUCGUAGAUUCUCCUAUGCACUUAGAACAGCUAGCCCAUCAUCAAUCGCCUCAUAGUGGGUUAGCCUUAUGCCUUCACUUUUAGGCCUUUCACAGAGACACUGUUGGGACCUAGCUUUCAUAUUAUAUUCACCCUUAAGUGUAGAACAUCUGACAUGUAGAAAUAUGAACUUCUAAACAAUGUCACUCAUUCCUAAGAAACUUAGCCACAAACUCUACUCCUGCCAUGUCCUGUCUCAUUUCAGCCAUGUGUCUCCUGACAUGUCACAGGGGUGGGGGCUACAUUCCAAUGCAAGUGACCAUGUCUGUCCAGCAUGAUUUGUCAACUCACAGGAGUAUACUGAAGUGGUCAUGCUCUGCCUCACCCUUCCUGGAGAGUAAACCGGAGUCUUUAAUAGCUAAUCUACAUUUGUGAGCCUGCCCUUCGAGACUAUGUUCACCCUAGCAACCAUGUCCACAUAGAGAAGAAUGGGAUGGGUUGAACUGUUUACAUUUCUAUGUUCACCCCAGCUCCCCAGGGGCCAGUCAGGUCUUCAUUCCAACCCUUGAAAUGUUGAUCUGGAUUCUUUGACCCUGGCUAACUGCUUCUGACCUGGUGUGGUCUAGUGGACAGUAGCUAUGGGAGUCAAGGAUAGUUACCAGGAGUCUAUCAGAGUAUGUCAGAAAGCAGACUUUAAAAAUUGAGAUUCCAACACUUCUGCAGUCCCUAGAUCCUAAGACAGGAAAUGUUCUGGGUGUGGACAACCAUACUGUAGUUCUGGAGUCCUGGUCCAACCCAUCCUAUCAGACUAGCACCUCUGGUUUAGUCCCUGAACUCACAACUAGCAACCUUUUCAGCAGAUCCCAACUCUUCUCCCAAUUUCUAUUCCCUGGCCCCUUAGAGUAGCUGUAGUUUCCUCUGUAGCUUUAGCUAAAUGUCAAGCAAUUCCACAGGCUUCUUAAGAAGCCAUGGAAACAACGUAGCACAAGCUUUCACUAGUGAUACACUCAUUCCUCAGACCACAGACACUGACUGACUGAAGGGCUAUUGCACAGCCCCAAAUAGUGUUUUCCUGGGGCAGCGGUUCACUGACAUUCAGCUCAAGCAAGCAGUAAUCGAAAUUCUGCACACUUCUCCCAGGCCUUUGAUAAAAUGAUUGAACUGCCUCAGACCUAAUGGACUGUGCUUCUGCUUAGUAAUGUCAUUGCCUCCUUUGGCCUGGGACCUGCCAGCGUUAGCAGAGAGCCUAAGUGUUAACCUGUAGAACACCAAACCGAAUAGGCAUUCACCACCUUAGCCUAUUCAACCACAGCCACUCUGAUUUCCUUGCUUCCAAGCUCAAAAAUAGAACACUGAAGUUGCACAACUGUCAGUAGGCUGCCAAAUUCACACAUGACUUUGGGAAUUUAAAGGGAUUCUCUUCCAUCUGCCUCUAUAUCAAUGACAAGGGAGAGAAAGAUAGUCCCUGUACCUUUUUAGAAAUCGUCAUUGUCCCAGGCCAGAAGCCCAGCAAUAAAUAAUGUUAGAGAAUCUAGAUAGGACAAGAAGGUUUCCAUACACUGCUCAAAGUCACUGUGAACACUGGCCAUUGACACUUAGCUGACACAUAGUGAGGAUAGGACUUGUGAGAGAAAAUGGCUGGACAGGUGAAGAAGAGAAGGGGGAAAGAGAAACCCAUGAAGUUGAACUAACUUGUUUUUAAUUUCAAACAGGUAUUUUUUGCAUCCGUGCGAUCUGGAGGAAGUAGCCAAGUGUUUUUCAUGACCCUCAACAGAAAUUCCAUGAUGAACUGGUAACAGAAGAGCACUUGGCACUUAUCUUCAUGGCGUUAUUUCUAAUGUAAACGAGCAUAACUCAUGUGGACGUGUGCCAGUCUAGAGGCAGAAUCAGAAGGCCUGGUUGAACAUACCACUCUCUCCGUUUCCUCUCCCUCCAUCUCUCCCAAUAUAGUCCUUCUUUCUUUCCGUGCGUGUUGCAGCCCGGUUGAGGAGAGAAAGAGGUGGCGGGAAUGGCUGGGCGAGCGAUCCCGAGGAUGCUGCAUUGUCUGUGGACAGAGAUGGACCUUGUGCCCUUCGGCGUUAGGGAUAGAGACAAAUAUCGUGUGCUCUUAUGACUAAGCUGUGUUUAUGCUGGCUUUUCAGUUCUUUUUGGUUUGGAUUUUUUUUAACUUUUUUUUCUUUACCACCUUACUUUGUAAGAAUGGGGGGAAAUGCAUACUGGGAACUUAGUCUUUUUAAAAUUCUGUCUGCCUGCUAGCUUUAACUAUAUGGUAUGUUGUAAAAUUUCCAACUCCCAGUAGUGAGAAACAGCGCAAUAAAUGGAACUUAUCUCCCUGCACUAGGCCACAACCGCAUAGUGGGGUAAUUUAAGAAUUCUCUUGCCUUCACUAACCCAAGAGGUUGUUUUUAUUUUGUUUUGUUUUGUUUUGUCUUUUUUUUAAAUUGCUACUGGCUAAUGAAUUUUUGAAAGAGAAGCAAAAUAGCUGGUUUUCUCCUCUCUGGGGAAAUAGAUUUUAAAUGGCUAAACUAUUAGCCUUAAUCUAAUAAAAUCAACUACCACUCUUGUGAGUCUGUCAGGCCAUAUUUUGAUAUGGCCCUUUCUAGAAUGGAGGGUGUUGAAUGGGACAGAGAUGCCAUUGAGUUGAAUGGGCUUGUGAUUGGGGAGGGACGCUGGGAUGCAACUGUCCCUCAAUUAUUAUGCAACAGAUCAGGGCAAAAGAUGGGAUGACAGGUGGGUCGCCCAGAAGGAGCUUCUGAGAAAUGAGCUAAUAUGUCUAUGUAAAUAACACACAUGUUCUUUCUUCAAGGCACAAAGCCUUCUUGUUAAGAGGUCCCUUUAUUUGGGCUUUGUUAGGACUGCGACUGACUGAAAUCUUACCCAGAGCUGAGGGUUACAUGACAACCAUGCUCUGGAAACCCGCCCAAGGGUGCCACUUUUUUCAACAUAAAAACUGUGAUGGAAAAGAACUACUAAUAAAUGUUUCUGAGCUGCCUGUGUUCUUACUGGGUCAAGGGACUAGACUUGCAAGCCUGCCAUAGACACAGCAGGCACCAACAAGUCAGAUUUUAGGGAACCUGAAGGCAAGGCUUUGACAAAAUUCUAAGAUUCCAAUCAUGUUAUGUUCCUCCAAACUUCCCAACAUACUGUUAACAACAUCUGUGCAGAGAUGUGUAUGUAUUUAGUUCAGGUUGACUUGUGUCCUUAUAGAAACCCUUACUCGAAUGAUUUGAACCUUUAUGUGACUGACUGGGAUUUUCCCCAAAGCUCCAAGCAUGGCCGCCUAUGGUAUCCAGGUGUUGCAAAAUGGUAUCUGUGCUGUGCUUCCUGUUUUAACCUACCUCGUUUUGUUUGUUUUUGUUUCUCUGUUCAUCACAGCAGUGUUAUCUCCAGGAGACAUAUAGAGAGCUCACCCGGCAAUCUCAGCUGUCUUGAACAUUUUCAAAACAGUAGUUGACCAAAUUCUUCUUUAAAAAAUUGGAGGGAGAAAAUAAAAUCUCCAAUGACAAGAAACUAAUGCGAGCUAUUUUGAAAGAAUGCAAUUACUGUAAAUGGAUCAAAAAAGAAAGACAAAAACCGUGCCUCUCCUGAUCUUUGCCUAAACAAAUGAGCAGCUGAUGUUCUAUUAAUGAGAACGAAACACAUGUUAGGAAAACGGUACCUUUUUAAUCUGGUGGUUGGCCAAAGGGGAUGAGAAAGAGAACUAUUCUGAGUUCUGGACUAGGUGAAUCUGUAAUCCCCAAAGGUGAUUGUUAUUUGUAGUUAUCUGAAGCAGGUAACACACAGAAAUACAGUGAGGGUGGUCUUCAAGUGAUCACCAGGAUGUGUCCAUCAUGGCCCCUCUAGCUCUCAAAGGCAAUGAAAUCCUCCCGUUCUCAUUUUUACUGCUGGGGUUAUGCUGCCGAACAACACUGUCCUUACGAAUUCCACAGGACAAAUUCAGCAAUAGCUCUGGGUUGAAUUUAGCGACUACAAUAAUUGGAUGCCGAUGCGGACAAAAAUAAUAUGGAUUUGGGUCUUGUCUCCAAAUGUGGUUGCCACCAGCUCUUUAUAUCACUGCUGUGAUGUUUUCAACCUGAGGCUUCUUUAAAUUACGUUGCAAACUGAUCUUUUGUCUUUAUGUUUCGUGCCACUUUGUUCUUACUUCUAAGCGUACAUCUGAAACACACAGCUUUAAAUGAUUUUUUUAUUGUGGGACUUUGGGUACAGUUAAGAAAUAAAAGGGAAUCAUUGUGUUUAAACAUAAGGUAGUUUGUGAAUGUAUUUUUUAAAAUCUAGAUUCAUUGGAACAAGAAAACCAUAAGAAAACAUAUUAAUGCCGUCUUGUUUACAGUAUGGACAGUGGCAUAACAUUACAUGAGCUUUUUCUGGUGCCAACAAAAUAAAACACAGACGUUAAACAUCAA